AUGAAGCUCCUGGCCCUCUCUCCGGUCCUGUUGGGCCUUGCCGCUUCGGCGCAAGCAUCAACAAUUUCCUACACAACAGUGACAGGCUAUUUCUUGCAGGAUGAGUCCUCGACCGAUGCCUCAACAUUUGAUUACACUGCCGUGAACUUCGGUCUUCUCAACCGUACUUAUCCCACCGACCGUGAGCUUAAGCACUCUGAGUCUCUCACCCAGUGGGAGCGCUUCUACAACCAGGUAGAGAAGUUGAAUGAUGAGUCCUCAAGCGAUGUGGAGUACAAGGUGCUCUUCCUGGGUCGCCACGGUGAGGGUUGGCACAACGCUGCCCAGGAUUACUACGGCGACGCAGCCUGGAACUGCUACUGGGCCGAGUUGGACGGCAACGACACCGCAACCUGGUUCGACGCCGAACUCACUACUGCAGGUGUUUCCCAAGCCCUAGUCGCCCACGACUUCUGGCAAAAGGAAAUCGACGAACAGCGCAUCCACACCCCAGACAACUACUUCGUCAGCCCCCUUACCCGCACCCUCCAAACAGCCCACUACACCUUCUCCGGGCUCAACCUCCCCAAGGGCAGCGCCAAAUUCAACCCCCUCAUCAAAGAACUCUUCCGCGAAGGAAUCAGCAUCCACACCUGCGAUCACCGCCACCCGCGCAGCUACAUCCACAACCUCUUCCCCGAAUGGCCCAUCGAGCAGGGUUUCAGCGAAGAAGACGAGCUCUGGAACGGCGUCACGGCCGAAACGAGUGCUGCGCAGGACGUACGCAGCGCGACUGUACUUGACGAAGUCUUCUUCACCUCCGCAUCUAGCAAGAAGGAUUCCUUCGUCUCUAUUACUUCGCACUCUGGUGAGAUCUCUUCUAUCCUGAGAGUUGUCGGACACCGCACUUUCAGCUUGAAUACUGGUGCGGUUAUUCCUGUGCUUGUGCGUGCCGAGAGGGAUGCUAAAGCUACGUCUACUACCUCGUCGGUUGCUUGGACUGCUAGUGCUCAUUGCACGGUACCUCCUCUUUCGUCCGUUACCGCUUGUGUUUGCCCGUCUAGCGCGACCCCGGUGACGACGCCUUUGGUUACUGAUGUUUAA